UUUGUUAGUUUUGUAAUAGUUCAGUUAUCAGUAUGAUAAAUCGUUGAGUCCCUCAUAAUCGAAGUAUCUAAUCACAAUGUCAUCUGCAGAACACACCAACAAUGUAAGCGAAUCCGACAGUGACGAUUCUAGUGAUGUGUCAAGAAAAAGGCGUAGAUCAUCACGUCUUAUUACUAAAACUAUACUAGACGAAGCGUUACAAACAUUAGGUCGAAAUAGUAUCAAAGUCUCUAUAGAAGACAUUACAAACUAUAUUGCACUUAAUUAUCCAGAUAUAAGAUUGGACUACAAAGCGCAUCAUAUGAUUGAGUACUAUAUAGAUGGGUUGCGGGCAACUGGUGCCAUUAGUUACGUAUCAAAGCAUCACUUUAAGUUCAGUGGAUGACAGUGGUAGCAUAAUUGCUGUUUCUAUUUUGAUAUUUCAAAUAUGAGGUACUUUAAUGAGAUCCUAAUGAUGACAUACAAAUAAAUUGUCAGUAAUCAAUAAAUGAUUUAUUCGAAAAAACA